AUGUGGAACGACGAGGACAAUAACCCUUACGCAGAGGGCUUUGACCGGAGGGAUAGCUUGACUUCCUCCUCAGCCAACCCGGCCUCUCCUACCACCCAUCUGGAUGAUUCUUCAGACAGUACUGAUGCCGACUGGGAGACUCUAGACCAGCGAUUCGACAUCCCGCAGACCCCGUCAACCGCAAGCGACGAGGCUCCCCAGAACCGCUCCCACGCCCAUGAAGACAGCGAUGUCGAGAGCAGCGACAAUGAGCCGAUUGCUAGAGACAGAGGCGACAUAGUCCCGCGCCCCAAGCCUGGUGGUUACGAGAGCCGAAUCGAACAGAUUCUCUGGGAAAACCCAUCAUUGACUAUCCUCAUUACGGAUGCGGGAAAGAGCGCGGAGAGCGGGGGGAAAUACAUCGUCUACACCAUCCGGACAGGCAAUCUCGAAGUCCGCCGACGGUACUCUGAGUUUGCUUCCCUGCGCGAGGCGCUGACCCGACUUCACCCUACCCUGAUUAUACCGCCCAUUCCAGAGAAGCACACCAUGGCCGAUUACGCCGCGAACCCGACGAACGCAAAGCAAGACCAGCAGAUUAUCGACCUGCGCAAGCGCAUGCUCGCUGUCUUCUUGAACCGAUGCCGACGGAUGGAUGAGGUCCGAACCGACGGUGUUUGGUGGAGAUUCCUUGAUCCUAACGCCAGCUGGAGCGAGGUACUGCACUCCCAUCCAGUGUCUUCGAUACCCAAAUCAGUUCUGAAGGCGCCUCCCCUGGAUACCGCGAACCCUACGCCGGCUCACAGUUUUCUCCCCGUACCAGCGACCUCAGCUAAGCUAAAGACAACUGGUGGCCCUGGUGUCGACCCCGGAGCGAUCUCUGGUACAGGAUCCCACGUCUUUGGCCGUUUCCCGCCUGACAGCCACGCUCUCAGUGAGCAGGAGCUUGACCCAUACUUCAUUGCAUAUGAGGCUUCGAUCAAGGAGCUGGAGCAGCUACUAUCGGGAUCCAUGGAGAAGGUCAACCGCCGAACUUUGAGUCACUUAUCCGCUCUGGCUGCGGAUCUCUGCGAGCUGGGAUCCAAGUUCAAUGCGUUUGCGCUCUCAGAACAAGCACCCUCUCUAGGGCCAGCCCUCGAGAGAGUCGGCCAGGCUGCGGACUCCUCAUACAUCGCGACAGAGGAGCUCUCUGGCUCGCUCGGUGCCAGCUUCGCGGAGCCCAUGCGCGAGAAUGCACAGUUUGCAGGCGUGGUUCGCAGCGUCUUGAAAUACAGGGUGUUGAAGCGGGUGCAGCAGGAGCAGACAAGUGACGAGCUCAGCAAGAAGAUCGCCUUGCUCGACCAGUUGGAGCGGAGCGAGGCUGAGGCCAAGCGUAUUGAACAGUACCUGAGCAGCAGUCAGCAAAUCGCGCCGGCACCAAAGCGAUCAACCAGCCUUCGGGAGGCAAACACCUCACAUCACCAGCGUGAUGGCAGCACCGAGGACACAGCAUCUAUCGACUCAGACUUCCCUCCUACCCACGGCGAGCCUGUACCCACUGCAACCCAGGGAGUUCCGCAGCGAAGUAACUCGACACCGGGCCAUAAGAAGGCCGCGAGCAGUAACUCGAUCACAAACAAGAUCUUUGGACCGAUUCGUCAUGCUAUACAAGGCGUAGCUGAUGUUGACCCAGAGAGGACCCGCCGUGACAUGAUUGGGAAGACCCGGGAGAGCAUUGAGCAGCUGGAGCAGGCAAAGGUUGUUUCGGAGCAUGACGUCAAGGAGGCUAGUUCUAGCAUCCUGAAUGACCUGAAGAGAUUCCAGGGAGAGAAUGAAGAGGAUCUGCGCCGUUACAUGCUGGCGUAUGCCAAGAGCCAAAUCGAGUGGGCAAAGAAGAACAAGGAGACUUGGGAGGACGCUAAAGCUGAGGUUACUAAGAUUGACGAGAGUUAG